GCGGAGCAGAGCCGAGCCGAGCUGAGCAGAGCAGAGCGCGGCGGUGAGUCCGGGCGCCUCCGCUCCGCUCACCUGCGCUCGCUCGCUCCGCACGGGCUGCGGGGACCGGCUGUGGCCAGCGGCCGAGGGGCUCUGCCCGAGGGGCGGGCGAACGGACGGGCCGGGCGCCCCGAUGAGGACGGCUCCGCGGGGAGAUCGCGGCACCCCCGGGCCCCGCUGAACCCGCAGGUCUGCCGGAGCUGCGGCCCCACUCUGGAGUCCGGCAAUGCUCACGGCCGUCUGCGGCUCUCUUGCCAAUCAGCGGUCAGAGACACCGCGCGCUGCUUCCCCGCACUUGGACCUGCAGCCCCUGCAGCCCUACCAGCCCCACGCCAGCUCCGAGGCGGGUGGCCACUUCCCCUCCCCUCUCCAGUCCACGGAGCUCCAGCACCUGCCCUUGGUGUGCCCCGGGGUGGAGUUCACGGCCGCCCCCAGCUACGAUCUGCAUGGCUCUUCGAGGCUAGACCUGGAUGGUGACAGCCUGCUGGCCCCCGGCACGUACUCCAAGCUCCUGCAGCCGCCUCCCGAAAUGGCCCACCCCUACGAGCCCUGGUUCAGGCCCUCGCACCCCGGCAACGCCGCCGAGGAUGGCGGCGUGAAUCCCUGGUGGGACCUCCAUGCCGGAUCCAGCUGGAUGGAGCUGCCGCCGGGUCAAGGCGGCCUCCAAGCUCCUGGCCCCGCGGGCGGACUCCAGCCGGUGCUGGGGGGGUACGGCUCCGCUGAGCACCAGCUCUGUGGCCCACCACACCACCUCCUGCCCUCGGCCCAGCACCUGAUGGGCCAGGAAGGGCCGAAGCUGCUCGCCUCGUCUCCGGAGCCGCACGUUCUCGAGCAGGCUGUGGACGGUACCGCCAGGGCAAAGAGCUCGAGGCGAUCGGUGCCCCGGAGCGCCGGGCAGGCAGCGUGCCGCUGCCCGAACUGCCAGGAGGCCGAGAGGGUGGGGCCGUGCCCAGACGGGGCCAAGAAGAAGCAUCUGCACAACUGCCACAUCCCCGGCUGCGGCAAGGCCUACGCCAAGACCUCCCACCUGAAAGCCCACCUGCGCUGGCACAGCGGGGACCGGCCCUUCGUCUGCAACUGGCUCUUCUGCGGCAAGCGCUUCACCCGCUCCGACGAGCUGCAGCGGCACCUCCAGACCCACACGGGGACCAAGAGGUUCACCUGUCCCGUGUGCAGCCGGGUCUUCGUGAGGAGCGACCACCUCGGCAAGCACAUGAAGACGCACGAGGGGGCCAAAGAGGGAGCAGAGGGGGAGGGCAAAGGUGGGGCAGACCCUCCGGGGAAAGGCAAGAGGGAGCCCGAGGCCAGCAGCUCCAGCCCCGUGACCCAGCCCAACUGAGCCUCUCCCCCUCCGAGACGCCCCCCCUCCACUCUCCAUCACCACAGGAUGGACGCUCCCUCCCUGACGCCGGGUCUCCCUUUGCAGGGCCGCGCUUUGGGCCGUGGCCCCUGAGCCGGGGCAUACGUGGCGAUGUCCUCUGAGCAAGAAGCUAUUUAUUCUGUAGGAGGGAAGUAUGCAAUCUCGGUGCGUGGGGCACAGGGCCUCUCCUCCCACGGGGGGCUGGGAGGGUCCGGGCCAGGGGUUGGUCUCCAAAUCGGAAGAGGGACGACAUUAAGGGGUUAAGGGCUGGGACCUUUUUUUGAAGGAUCUGAGUUGAGGCAUUGUGCCAAGGGGGUGGGGGUAGGGGGCAGGAGGAGGGGGUGCCCCCAUGCAAAGCAGUGGGGGGAGAGAUGUCUCUGGCAGAGGCUGAGACCUGGCCCCAAGCCCUGGGUCCAGACCCUCCCCGCUGAGCAGCAAAAUCUGAAUCUGGAGAACUGGGCUCUGGGCUCAGCUGGUAGAGCAGGCAGGCAAGAUGCUGUAACCAAGGGUGGUUUUAGGUCUCUUCUCCCCCCCC